AUGAGUAACGGAGAGAUUGAUUAUUGGAAAGAGCCUGAGUUUGAUGAAAGCCAGAUUUCGUCAUGCUGUUUUGCUCAGUCAGACUUUAAAAUUGUUUUUCCAGAUUACAGAUCAAGCUAUCUGAAACAAAUUUGGCCGAAAGUAACUGAUUUAUUAAAAGCGAAACGAAUUGAUUGUGAGUUAAAUUUAAUAGAAAGAUAUAUGUUUGUUAAAACUACAGACAAAACUUACGACCCUUACAUUAUCAUCAGAGCUAGAGAUUUUAUCAAACUUUUGUCGCGUAGCGUCCCUCUGGAAAAAGCAAAGUUGAUUUUAAAUGAUGAUAUGUACUGUGAAAUCGUCAAGUUGAGCAGUUUUGUGUCUAAUAAAGAAAAAUUAAUUAAACGCAGGCAAAGACUAAUUGGUCCGGACGGGUCCACGCUAAAAGCAAUCGAGAUUUUAACAAAGUGCUACGUCUGUCUUUGUGGACAAACUGCUGCUAUCAUUGGACCUUGGAAAGGGUUGAGAAAAUGCUAUAAACUUAUUGUCGAUGCAAUGAAAAACUUCCAUCCUGUGUACAGGCUAAAAGAGCUUAUGAUAGAACGUGAGCUAGCUAAAAAUCCAGAAAUGAAAGACAAGGAUUGGUCUUUAUAUUUGCCAAAAUUUAAGAAAUCGCUGAAACCUGUGGGCAAGCGAAAUUCUCAAAGUUGA